AUGCAAAACCGUCAUCAAAGCUCCAAAACACAUGAUGAUUACAAGAUUGCUAUCAUCUGUUCUCUUGACUUCGAGCUGAAUGCAGUUCGCUACAUGCUCGACCGAGAGCAUCCACAACUGCGUACGAACAAAAAUGAUACGACUCUAUAUUACUUUGGCGAGCUUAGCCAUCACGAUGUCGUUGUCGCAUGUCCUCCUGGCAAGACGGGAAAAAGUGCGGCUGCCAUCGUCGCCACCAAUCUGUCACGUACGUUUCCCUCUAUUGAAUUGCGAUUGAUGGUGGGGAUAGCAGGAGGUGUUCCAACGGAGAGGAAUGACAUACGGCUCGGCGAUGUGGUCAUCAGUAUGCCAAUGGAUGCACAUGCUGGCGUGGUGCAGUAUGACCUUGGCAGGGAUACUGAUGAUGGCUUCGAGAUCAAAGGAUACUUGACUCCGCCUCCGCCACUGUUGAUAAAUGCCAUUACUAGGAUGAAGUCCGCACACUCCAUCAGCGAAAAUAAGAUUGAGGGAUUCCUCUCACAGAUGAUAAGAAAGUUCCCGGGCCUUUCAAACUACGCACGCCCAACGAGGUCAGAUAAAUUAUUUGAGAGCGACUACCGACAUAAACAUGGAGAGUCCUCGUGUCGAAGGUGUAAUCCAUCUCGUACUAUAGAGCGAAAUCCCCGAUCGCCUUCUUCCCCGCGGAUACAUUAUGGUCUUAUUGCCUCUGGGGAUAGUGUCAUCAAGAGUGGUCAAGUGAAGGAGAGCCUGGUUCGGAGGGUUGGUGAUAUUCUCUGCUUUGAGAUGGAAGCCGCCGGGGUGAUGACGGGAUUCCCUUGUGUUGUGAUCCGCGGCAUUUCGGACUAUGCAGACUCACACAAAAAUGAUGCCUGGCAGCAUUAUGCGGCUGCAACCGCCGCGGCGUCGGUGAAAGAAUUAUUAGAAUAUGUCGCUCCGGAGAACCACACGACUAAUACUAGCCACGGUCUUCAGCUUCAGGGUUUCUCUCCUGGGUACUAUGUGCCGGAAAUAGAACCGCACUGGGGAACUAACUAUGCUUCCUCUAACGGAGCUGGCGGCAGCUCGUACGCGCAAUCUGGUCCAUCCAACUACCAACAAAGGGGCAGCUCGGGUGCCACCAUCUCUUUCGACUAUCCAGCCACUGCAUCUACGAGUGCUAGCCAGUCAAGAUCUCGCAGCAGGUUUCCAUUGGCCGUUCCGAUAGCUGACCGGGGAGUUGGUAGCCAGGUUAUUCCUAUAAGAACUCGCGGGGACCAGCUUCGACCCUCUCCCAGAGCGGAAGAAGGUCGGACUGAGAUCCGAAAGGACGAGUUCAGGAUUUGUCAUGAGGCAAUCGACUUGGUCGGAUACUCUUAUGAAGAGACGAGGGAGUCCUUUUUGAUUAAUAGAUCUCUUUCACCUGAAGAAGCCAUGGAGCUUGAAAGGAUAUCAGAUAACAUGGACUGGUACUAA